CACACCAAAAUCCAUCAAACACACAUAACAAAAUGAAAUUCUCAAUCACAUUAGCUAUCUGCUUAACCCUCUCCAUCUUCUUAAUUGGAGCACAAGCCAAAGUUCCCGUCGACGACCAAUUCCGAAAGGUCAACGAAGGAGGCUACACUGAUUACAGUCCAAUCGAGUACAACCCCGACGUACGUGGUUUCGUUCCCUUCAGCGACAACUUCCGUCUCUGUUUCUACAACACAACCCCAAACGCAUACACUCUCGCUCUUAGAAUCGGAAAUAGAGUCCAAGAAUCCACUCUCAGAUGGGUCUGGGAAGCAAACAGAGGCUCACCGGUCAAAGAAAACGCGACGUUGACUUUCGGUGAAGACGGAAACCUCGUACUCGCCGAAGCCGAUGGUCGUGUGGUAUGGCAAACGAACACGGCUAACAAAGGCGCCGUGGGGAUCAAAAUCUUGGAGAAUGGCAAUAUGGUAAUAUACGAUUCCAGUGGGAAAUUUCUAUGGCAGAGCUUUGAUUCUCCCACCGACACACUUCUCGUUGGACAGUCUUUGAAACUCAACGGUCGGACCAAGCUCGUAAGCAGACUGUCUCCAUCGGUCAAUACAAACGGACCGUAUAGUCUCGUGAUGGAAGCCAAGAAGCUAGUCUUGUACUACACGACAAACAAAACUCCGAAACCAAUCGCUUAUUACGAAUACGAAUUUUUCACCAAAUUAACUCAGUUACAGUCUAUGACGUUCCAAGCCGUGGAAGAUUCCGACACAACGUGGGGUCUAAACAUGGAAGGUGUCGAUUCUGGUUCUAAAUUCAACGUUUCAACGUACCUCUCACGGCCGAAACACAACGCGACGUUGAGUUUUAUUCGGUUAGAAUCAGACGGAAACAUCAGAGUUUGGAGUUACAGUACGUUGGCGACAGCCACGGCUUGGGACGUGACAUACACGGCGUUUACUAACGACGACACUGACGGUAACGACGAGUGUAGGAUCCCUGAGCAUUGUUUGGGUUUUGGUUUGUGUAAGAAAGGUCAGUGUAACGCUUGUCCUAGCGACAAAGGGCUUCUUGGUUGGGACGAGACAUGUAAAACUCCGACUCUCGCAAGUUGCGAUCCCAAGACAUUUCACUACUUCAAGAUCGAAGGAGCUGAUAGUUUCAUGACAAAAUAUAACGGUGGAUCAUCGACGACUGAGAGUGCGUGUGGGGACAAGUGUACGAGAGAUUGCAAAUGUCUAGGGUUUUUCUACAAUAGGAAGAGUUCGAAGUGUUGGUUGGGUUACGAGCUCAAGACAUUGACUAGAACCGGAGAUUCUUCGCUGGUUGCUUAUGUCAAAGCUCCUAAUGCUAACAAAAAGUCAUCUCUUUGAGGUGUGAGUGAGUGUCAUAUAAAUGAAAUUAUUGUGU